UUUGCUGUGAAAGAGCAAACAUUCUAUUUUACCAAAAUAAAACAUUUCUUUAUCAAAAAUCAUGAUAAAAUUUAUCAUAGCGUUCGCUGCUACUUGUAUUGCUUUUGCUAGCGCCAAUCCAACAUAUUCUCUGACACCAGGAAAACUGUACAGUUUUAGUUACCAAUCACCGGAUCGGUCACGUUAUGAAUACGCAGAGAAUGUCUAUCGAGAUGGAAAAGUAGAAAAAGUAGUCAAGGGCUCAUUCUCACAUGUGGGGCCAAAUGGUUUUGAAUAUAAAACCGAAUAUACCGCCGACAGCAAGGGAUACCAUGCAACAGUACUUAGCUUCCCACCUCCGCCAUCACUUGUUGGUGCCACAAUGCCAUCAAAUGUACAACCACCAGCUCCUGAUGUCAUUUACCAUCCAUCAAGUCGGGUGGUAGAAUAGUAGCACUUUAUUAGACUCAAUUGUUAUUCUUGAAAGGGAACGUACUGCAGUUUUGUCAUAAGACGAAAACAAUUUAAUUUAUUAAAAUAGAUAAUAUAAUUUAUUAAAAUUUUCGAAAGUAUUAUUUGCUUAGACAGAUUCAAAUCAAAUGUGAAAGUAUAAAAAACGAUAAAUAAAAGCGUUUCAUAAGAGCAAUCUUUAUUUUGAAACUUAAUUAAGUAAUUUUACUAUCUUUUUUCCUCUGAAGUGUACUUAGCUGUUUAGAUACUGUAUAGAAGCUCUAAAUAUCCCUAGAUAGCUUCGUCUGUUGGUACCGAAAAUUAAUUAUUGUUUAUAAGACAUUAAUUUGGUUUUCGUGCCAUUAAUUUCUUGGAAAAGGGCCACUUGGCUCAAAAGUGAAAAAAAACCUACUAUAUUUAACUGAUAGAU